CGUUUUUAAAAGGUCAUUGUUAAUUUUGCGUGGAAAAUAAUAUAAUAUUUUUGACUUCCUGUAGAUAGAUUAUUCAAUAAUGAAGUACGCAAUUGUAUUGUUUGUGGACGAGGGAGACGCACCAGAUGUGGUACCCAGAAGUUGGAUUUCUGAAAGUCUGAAGGUAUGCAGAUAUCCACACGUUAAAACGAAAUUUGCAAAAAAAAAACUUGUUUUGGCGUCGGCAAUUCCCCAAGAAAAUUGGCUGGAAUACCAAAUUAAAUUUUUAAAGGAAUUUUCAUCGUACGAUGCGGCGUUGGAUCAUCUCAGUGAUGCCGAGAACCUCUCCCAGGUAGAGUCCUGGACAGGGCAUUCCUCCCUCUCAACGAGGAAGAGGAAGAGAAAAAUAAUCCGCCUACCGGGAGAGAGUAGCUGCAGCGGCAGUGAAGAUGAACUGCUGGCGUUGCCCACGGCGAUAGCUGGCUUAGCGCAACGGUAUCCUUCUCCGCCUCCACCUCUACCAUCUUCCCAAUCCUCCUAUAAUAACAAUCCCCAAAAUUCCCCAAUACCAUCCCCAGAACCAUUGAGGGAACCAACCACAUCAUACGAAACACCCAAUACUUCGAAUGUUAACAAUUCGAGCAGGGUCAAUCAGAAAUUGAUGUGGGAUGCGAUAACUGGCAUAAUGACAAAGCUGGAGGCAAUCGAAAAUAAACAAAUUAUGAUGAUGGCAAUGCUGCAAAGCAAUUCUUCCAACAAGGAGGAUGACGGCAGCGAUAUCUUUGCAGAAUUGCCAGCAUCUAAUUUAGAGACAUUUUCGAAAUUGAACGAUAGUUUGAAAAGAGUGUCGUUCAAAAAAAGUCUUUCCAAAAUUUUAUUAUGUUCCGGUGGGAGGGACGGGCGGGCGCUAACAUUGACAAUUUUGAGAAAGACCGUGGGGGAUACUUUAGCGGUGGAGUAUUCCCUCACGGGAAGAGGAAAAAAGAGGCCGUUCGAACAAUUGCCAUUAUUGUCGUUUAUAAUGGAAACGUGCCUUCAAUGUUUUGAAGGCACAAAAGAAUUGGCCAUAAGAGAUGCGAUUAGCGAAUGGCUAAUGCAGGCGAAAUUUCGUCUAAGCCGAAGGGAGGCCCGUCAAAAUAAGACUACCAAUUAG